AUGGUACAACUUGGGGAGCCAAAAUCAGUUAAGGAUGUGAGAAGCUUCUUGGGACAUGCGGGUUUCUACAGGCGGUUCAUCAAAGAUUUUUCUAAGAUAGCAAGGCCACUCACAAGACUCUUAUGCAAAGAAACAGAGUUUAUCUUUGAUCAAGAGUGUAGCCAAGCUUUCUUGAAGAUCAAGGAAGCCCUUGUUAGCGCACCAAUUGUCCAAGCUCCUAAUUGGGACUUGCCUUUCGAGAUCAUGUGUGAUGCCUUGGACUUUGCAGUUGGAGCUGUACUUGGUCACAAAGUGGAUAAGAAGAUGAACGUCAUCUACUACGCAAGCAGAACGCUUGACGAUGCUCAAACCCGUUACACGACAACCGAGAAGGAAUUACUAGCCGUGGUGUUUGCUUUUGACAAGUUCAGGAGCUACAUUGUGGGCUCAAAGGUCAUAGUUCACACCGACCACGCAGCUCUCAAGUAUCUCUACACCAAGAAAGAUGCGAAACCGAGGCUGAUUAGAUGGGUUCUCUUGCUUCAAGAGUUCAAUAUCGAGAUCGUCGACAAGAAAGGCACCGAGAAUAGCGUGGCCGAUCAUCUAUCAAGGUUAAGAGUUGAGGGAGAUGUUCCCAUCGAUGACUCUUUGCCUGAGGAGCAACUUAUGGCCGCUAAGAUCGUGGAUAGAGACUUUGUAAACUACUUGGUGUGCAGAGAAGUUCCAAGUGGAUGGAGUGGGUACCAGAGAAAGAAGUUCUUCAAAGAUGUGGUUCACUACUAUUGGGAUGAGCCCUAUUUGUUCAGAAAAGGAAACGACAGCUUGUUCAGAAGAUGUGUGGCUAAAGAAGAGACUGAGGGAAUUUUGUUCCAUUGCCACGGGUCAAGUUAUGGAGGCCACUUUGCGGUUUUUAAAACGGUCCAGAAGGUGUUACAAGCAGGCUUUUGGUGGCCGAGUAUGUUCAAAGAUUCUCAUGCUUUCAUCUCUAAGUGUGAGGCCUGUCAAAAGGCAGGGAACAUCAUGGCGAGGAACGAGAUGCCUCAGAAUCCUAUCCUGGAAGUUGAGGUAUUUGACGUGUGGGGAAUAGAUUUUGUUGGCCCAUUUAACCCUGCCUCUCAUGGCAACGUUUACAUACUUGUCGCCAUCGACUAUGUCUCAAAAUGGGUUGAAGCCAUAGCCGCACCCACCAACGAUGCCAAAGUAGUCCUCAAGUUGUUCAAGACUAUCAUUUUCCCAAGGUUUGGGGUCCCAAGAUGUGUGAUCAGUGAUGGAGGAACUCACUUUGUGAACAAGGUGUUUGAGAACCUUUUGAAGAAAUAUGGUGUAAAGCACAAGAUAGCUACACCAUACCAACCUCAAACUAGUGGUCAAGUGGAGGUAUCUAACAAGCAAAUCAAAGCCAUACUCCACAAGACAGUGAACUCGUCAAGGAAGGACUGGUCAGAGAAAUUGGAUGAUGCUUUGUGGGCUUAUAGAACUGCUUACAAAACGCCAAUUGGGAGAUCUCCGUACUCUUUGAUCUAUGGGAAGUCUUGCCAUUUGCCCCUUGAGUUGGAAUAUAGAGCUAGAUGGGCAAUCAAAAUCCUGAACAUAGAGCUAAGUACAGCUCAAGAGAAGCGGGAAAUGGAUCUCCACGAACUGGAGGAGAUUCGCUUGGAUGCCUGUGAGAGUUCGAGAAUAUACAAGGAGAGAACUAAGGCCUUCCAUGACAAGAGAAUCACUUCAAAGGUUUUCAAAGAAGGAGAUGAUGUGCUCCUGUACAACUCAAGGCUCAAGCUCUUCCCUGGGAAGCUGAAGUGUCGCUGGUCAGGACCAUUCAAGGUCAAAGAGGUGUUGCCUUAUGGAGCCAUCACCUUAGUGAACAACAAUGGAGCCGAGUUCACGGUUAACGGUCACCGGUUGAAGAAGUACAUGGGGAGUCAAAGCAUUGGAGAGGGAAGCUCAAUCCGUCUCCAUGACCCACCCCAAGCCUAA